AUGGCAAGACAUCCAGAGGAAUCAAUCACCAUUGAAGAUGUGACCAUAAAAUUCAGCCCAGAUGAAUGGGUCCUGCUGGGCACACCACAGCAAAAGCUGUAUAGAGACGUGAUGCUGGAAAACAUCAGUCACCUGGUUUGUCUUGCACAAGAAUAUGGCAAGCCAGAUGUAAUUUUUAAUAGAGAUGAAAGAGAAAUCCUAUGGAUGAUAGAACAAAAAGACUUCCCCCCAAACCAGACUCCAGAAAGAAAGAGCACACAUGAAGAAGAGGAACAGUUAAAUACUCAAAGUACAAAGAAGAACAAAUCAUGCACCAUUAAGCACAGGGAGAAUGCUCAGUGUGAAGAGGUAGAUUUUGAAGGAAAUCAAUGUGGGAAAACAUUGACAUAUCCUUCUGCAUCCAGAAGACAUCAGAUGACUAACUCUGGAAAUGAAUGCUAUGUACGGGGAAAAAUCUUCAAUCAAUCUUCUAAAUUUUAUCAGCAUCAGAGAUCAGAUACCAGUGAAAAUCUGUAUAAAUCUCAUCUUUGUGGGAAAAUCUUGAAUAAUUUAUCAAACCUGGAAACUCAUAUAAGAACACACACAAGGAACAAAACUUAUGAAUGCCAACUGUGUGGGAAGGUCUUCCCUCAAUUAUCUCACCUUGGUGUACAUGAAAGAACACACACAAGAGAGAAGCCAUAUGAAUGUCAUGUGUGUCAAAAAGCUUUUGCUUGCUCUAGUACCCUUACAACUCAUAAGAGAACACACACAGGAGAGAAACCAUAUGAGUGUCAUCUAUGUGGGAAGGCCUUCUCUCAAAAAUCUAACCUUAGUAUGCAUGAGAAAACACAUACAGGAGAGAAGCCAUAUGAAUGCCAUGUGUGUCAAAAAGCUUUUGCUCAUUCUAGUACCCUUAAAACUCAUAAGAGAAGACACACAGGAGAGAAACCAUAUGAAUGUCAUCUGUGUGGGAAAGCUUUCUCUCGAUUACAUCACCUGAGAAUACAUAAGAGAACACACACAGGAGAGAAGCCAUAUAAAUGUCAUCUAUGUGGGAAAGCCUUCUCUCAAUCAUAUUACCUUAGAAUGCAUGAGAGAACGCAUACAGGAGAGAAACCAUAUGAAUGUCAUCUGUGUGGGAAGGCCUUCUCUCAAUUAUCUAACCUUAGAAGGCAUGAAGAACACACAGGAGAGAAACCAUAUGAAUGUCAACUAUGUGAGAAAGUUUGCACUGUAUAA